GACCUUUGCUGCAAGUCAUUCCCCAUUUCUCAUUACCAACUUUCCUGUCAAUUAACUAUGAAAUAAAGGCCAAUAGAGGCAAUAAAACCUUUAAAAAGAAAUUGCUGCCAUAUUAUCAUUUCCAGACCUAUCUGAACUAUAUAUAAUAUUUUAUUUUGAUCUACUGCAAAUGAACACUGAAAAUUGUCAGCAUACCUUCAACUGAAAGUCCGCCGGACGUCUAAUGGUAUUUCAUUUUUAAGUCUGGAAAAUGUUGUCAGCGGGCGUUAGGUGAACCUUCAAACACAACAUUCAGCGGACGUCAAUAUUUAACGCAUUUCCUUCAAUUCCAGAGUUAUGUAAUAUAUUAUGUUGAUCAUUAAACUUAAUCCCAAUGGAAUACAUUGAAUUUGGUGGUUUUAAUGUGAGAAACAUUUUAAUUUUGUCACAACUAAACUAGAUGACGUGAGUUUUAUCCUUUGUUAUUUCAGAUGGUCAUCAUGACCUGCUGCUGUUCACACAACAUCAGCUGAGAAACAACUUCACAGGAAGACAUAAACAGGAAGAGCGCUGCCUCCUAUGGCUGAUACCAGCACACAGGUCACGACUCAGUCUGAGAACUUCACCAGCAACUUCACCGGCAACAGCACUACAUCUACAGCUGUGCAGGUAGCCACUGUGAUGAAGUGGUUGACAUUUGGCAUCGGGUUGCCCGUUCUCGUCCUGGCACUUUACGCCCUCAAGCACCUCUCCAAAGGUGAGAGCAAGGUUCCUAUGCACAUCAUGUUCCUCCUGGUGUCGGACAUUAUCAGCUUCUUCAGCCGUCCCUCUGUGGAUCAUAGCACGGAAACUGACCAGGUCUUCUCCAGAAAUGGCACAGACAUCAUCUUUUACUUUGGGGUCAUUUCCAACAUUGCCUUCAUGCUGUUCAUAGCUCAGGAGCGCCAUCUGCUGGUGGCCUACCCACAGUGUCUUGGCUGUUGCACCAGUAUCAGGCAAUCAUCUGCAGUGACGUUUCUGGCGUGGGCCAGUCCUUUCGCCAUGCUCACCCUCGCCUUGCUAGGCUACAACCUGUGGUUUGCCGUCUCUCUGCUCACUCCUUUUCCCUUCCUCCUUUUUUUCGCUGUGGAUUCCUGGCGGGCCCUACACUGCUCCCGAUCCAACCCACCGAGCCCAGAGAAGAGGAGGACAGUGUUUGGCAUCGGGGCAAUCUGGGCCAACUACACUUUUCUUUAUGCCCCCUUUAUCCUCAGCAUCCUCUUGGAGGCUCUGUCCUUCAAGGACAAAGUCCCCUACCUGGGGCUGGUGUCUCACCUGCUUCUCUACCUCAGCCCGCUGGUAGACCCCUUCCUUUAUAUCUUCAUGACCAAGGGUCCAAAAGAGGUACUACGAGCUCUACCCUGCUGUCAAAAAUUACAAAAGAAAGAAAACACGACACCUACAGUAGAAACUGUGGCUGAAACUGUAGAAACAAAACUUUGAAGACAGGUAUAUUCAGCAGAGAUCAUUGUGAGCAUCCUGUGUUUUCAGUGGGAUGAAUUAAACCCCUGUUGGACUUCUUUAAUUAAUAAAUAAUAUUUAAUGGAAGAUAAAU